UCCUGUCUGUCCUGCCCUGCCCUGCUCUCUCCUGUCCUGUCGGCACUGACAGCUUCCAUCUGACCUGACUGACCUGUCCUGUCCUGCCCUGUCCUGUGCUCUCCUGUCCUGUCUGCCCUGUCCUGUUCUGUUCUGUCCUGUCCUGUGUUGUGCUCUCCUGUCCUGUCCUGCCGGCACUGACCAUUCCGUCCGACCUGCCCCGCAUCCAGCCACGUGCCCAGGAUCCCCCCACACCUUUCCCCACCUCACAGCAGGAUGCCCCCGGCCCGGCCCCUGCCGCGGGACGCGGAGCACCGGGAGCUCAGGGCCGGGCCAGCCGCCCCCGCAGAGCCUGGCCCGGGGCCUCGGCGCUGGGAGCCCCGGUGCUGGGCCGUGCCAGCGGCGGCUGCGGAUCUCAUCAGUGGUGGAGGCUGCCCGGGGGGACACCACGGGGGCAGGGCCGGCCUUGCCGUGCAGGCAGAAAGCGUCCGGCCGCGGGAUGGCGGGGAUGGCACUGCCCCUCUGCCUGAUCCUCGCUGCCGCCCUGCAGGGCGGCCUGACCCGAGCACCGGGGCCCCUGGCCCGCCCCGGGCCCCUGCUCCUGCGGCUGCGGCGCCUGGAGGAGCAGUUUCUCCGGCUCCAGGAGGUGACACUGAACCAUCUCCAGAGCAUCGCCAGCAACUACAACAUCUCCUACAACAUCGACGGACGUUUCCAGGCGCUGGCGGAGCAGGCGGAGGCGGCCGACGCCGCCCGGGCCGCCCUGGGUGCGGAGCUGGCCCGCCUGGCCACUGCUGGCCGGCGGCUGCGCCGCAGGCUGAAGAGGCUGGAGGGGACAGUGGGUGCCCUGAGCCCACACCGCCUGCUCACCCACCCGCCGGCCGCACCGCUGGAGGCUGGCACCGAACCGCACGGGCUGCCAGACGCCGCCCGCAGCCGGGGCAGGCAGCUGGAGCAGCAGCCACCGGGCCAGGCUGUCCUCAGCACCCCCAGCCCCCGCCGGCCGAAGACGAGGCGGUGGCAGCAGCACCGGCAGGAGGAAGGGCACUGGCUGCCGGCUGCUGCCGGGCCCGGUGGAGCGCCCGGGGAGGAUGAGGAGAGUCCUCGGGAUGCAGAACCAGCACCCCAGACCAUGGCAGCGGUGCUCCCCACCGUAACCACGGGUCCCCAGGAGCAGCCCCCAGCCCCCCGGCAGCCGGGAGAGGCCAGGCACGGCCCCCCCGCCCCGGUGCCCCCCUCCCCCGCCUGUCGCAUCGGUGCCGUCCUGCUCUUCCCCAACACCUCCGCCGAGCACGGGGCCGUCCUGGGGCUGGGGCCGCACCGGGGGCUGCGGGCGAUGUCACUCUGUGCCUGGCUGGCCACCCCAGCCCCUCGCCUCGGUGCUCUCCUCUCCUACGCCUCCGAGGACGGGCACAACGAGCUGGCCGUGCAUGGCCGCGGUGGGGAUCGCCCUGGCUCUGCACGUUUCAUCCUGGGGCACGGGCACUUUCGGGAGCUCCCGGUGGCGCCGCUCCUGGAUGGCAAAUGGCACCACCUGUGCCUCACCUGGUGCUCCGGCCAGGGCCAGUACCGCUUCUACGUGGACAGGAGGCUGCUGGCUGCCGGCUCCGGCUUCCAGCAGGGCUAUGAAAUUCCCGCUGGUGGCUCGCUUGUGCUGGGCCGGGGGCAGGACGGCCCCAGCAUGGAUCUGGGCACGGGAGAAGCUUUUGUGGGUCACCUGGCUGGCUUCGCUCUCUGGAGACGGGCCCUCCUGCCCGGGGAGGUGGCCAGAAUGGCGACCGGGCGGGGGCUGCCCCGAGGCCCCCUCCUCACGCUGGCCGAUGCCUCCUUGCGGGGCGGGGUGCGGAGGGCGGCGUGUCCCUGCCUCCAGCGCUGCCUUGGACGAGGCUGACAGCAGGAACGGUGGCGGCUACCAGCGGUCACGGCUGGCUCAUGGUGCCGCUCUCGACACGAGCUGAAUCCUCCCGGGGUGAAGGGACACCCAGCACGGAGGGCGUCUCAGGAGCGGCACCACCGGGGGGGAAAGGGGUCUUGGCAGCCAGAGCUGGGACCAAAGCCAGAGGUCGCCUGCUCCUAGAGGAUGUACAGCCCAUGGUUCCUAUUAAAAUGCUCCUAACGUUAGAGAAACCCAAUUUCUCUCUGUCCUGCUCAUUCACUGCAGCGCUCGGUGCCGCUCACAGCCGGCCAGGAGCUGCUCAGCGCGGGCAGCCGGAGCGGGUGGCGCUGCUCGUUCCCUGCCGCUGAGUCAGAGCAGGGGAAGCGGGGCACGGGACAGCCCGUGACCGGGGUGAGCCAGCGCCGCCGCCGCCGGUGCCGUGCGCUGCCCCGGCCCGCGGGGCUCCUCGGCGGGGCAGGGCUUUGACCCGAGCUGUGCUGCUCCGUAACGCGAAGCACACUCGCUCCCGAACGUCUGCUCUGCGGAGUUCUGUGCCGGGAGAGCUGGAGCAGCGUCGGCUCCGGCCGUUCCCUGAGCCCCUUGUUCCCGGGGACGGUGGGGCCGUGCUGCCGGCUGGCUGUGCGUGGGGCAGAGCCUCGCAACCUCUCGAGCCGCCGCCACCGGGGCCCCGCUCAGCCCGUCUAGUUCCAUUCCA